CCUGUAUUCUGCUCUUACACAACUUCCUAUGUCUGCCUUGUGGCUCAUAGAAGACACGUUACGACAAAAUGCAAUGUUAACUGGUUUUGGAUACCAAACUGGAUGUCAAACUUGGAUCUGGUAAAGAGGCUGGAUCAGAAACUUUAACCAUCAACUAAAACGGCUGAACUCUGAAAGCGAAAACAAGGAAACACCUGACUGCAGUACAGAAACACCAGAGAGAAGAUGGACGGGUCAGUCGGGCCGAUGCGAGUGUUGGUGACGGGCGGCAGUGGGCUGGUGGGGCGAGCGAUAGAGCGGGUGGUGAAAGAAGGUGAAGGGAGAGAAGGAGAAAAAUGGAUAUUCCUGUCAUCCAAAGAAGCCAAUCUCGUGAGCGCUGAAGAGACGAGAGCAGCCUUCGAGAAACAUCGUCCGACACACGUCAUUCAUUUGGCCGCGAUGGUGGGCGGACUUUAUAGAAACAUGAGACAGAACCUGGACUUCUGGAGGAAUAAUGUGCACAUCAAUGACAACGUGCUGAACAUGUCUCAUGAGUUCGGUGUGGUGAAGGUCGUUUCCUGUCUGUCUACAUGUGUUUUUCCAGAUAAAACCACCUACCCUAUUGAUGAGACCAUGAUGCACAACGGUGCCCCCCAUGACUCUAAUUACGGUUAUGCCUACGCCAAACGCAUGAUUGACGUCCACAACAGGGCGUUAUUUCAGCAGUACGGUCGGAAAUACACAGCCGUUAUCCCCACCAACAUGUUCGGACCCCAUGAUAACUACAACAUUGAGGACGGUCACGUGAUGCCGGGGUUGAUCCACAAGACCUACCUGGCAAAGAAGGAAGGUAAACCUCUGCAGGUCUGGGGUUCGGGUCGUGCUCUGCGUCAGUUCAUCUAUUCUCUGGAUCUGGCUCGUCUGUUUGUGUGGGUUCUGAGGGAGUACGACGAAGUGGAACCCAUCAUUCUCUCAGUCGGAGAGGAGGAUGAGUUGACUGUAAAGGAUGCUGUGGACGCUGUGGUUGAAGCCUUCGGGUUCAAAGGGGAAGUUAUUUAUGACACUAGUAAAUCAGACGGUCAGAUCAAGAAAACCGCCAGUAUUGCAAAACUGCGCAAAUACCUGCCAGACUUCAAGUUCACGCCGUUCAAACAAGCUGUCAAGGAGACGUGUGAUUGGUUUGCGGCCAAUUAUGACUCCACCCGUAAAUGAAGAUCUUCACAUCUGAUUGGCUGCGGGGAGCCUGAACAACCGAAGUCAUUCUGAUCGAACACUUUCAACAACAAUUUGAUUUUUUU